AUCGCUCUUUCGCCUCUCUCGCGCGGCUCCGUCGGCAGCUCUCUCUCUGUCUCCGGUCGACUCGACUCCAACAACAGCCAAGAUGAUCGUGUACAAGGAUAUCCUCACCGGUGACGAGAUGUUCUCUGAUGCCUUCCCCAUCAAGGAAGUCAAAGACGGGUUCAUGUACGAAGUUGAAGGAAAGAAUGUCUGCAGGACCGAGCAAAUCGAUGAUAAUCUCCUCGGGGCCAACCCUUCUGCAGAAGACAUGGUUGAGGGAAAUGACGCCAACACAGCAAGCGGUGUUGACAUCAUCCUCAACCAUAAACUGCAACGGACGGCUUUUGACAAGAAGCAGUACCUCAGCUACAUUAAGGAUUAUAUGAAGGAACUUAAGACCAAGGUGGAAAAGGAUCAUCCAGAGAGAGUGGAUGCAUUCACAAAAGGCAUGGGCCCUGUUGUUGUGUCCCUUACUAAAAACAUUAAGAACUUCGAGUUUUUCACUGGAGAGAGCAUGAACCCAGACGGCAUGGUUGGACUCCUGGAUUACCGCGAGGAUGGCAUUACACCAUACAUGCUUUUCUUCAAAGAUGGUCUGGAGGUUGAGAAAUUUUAAAUGACCUGGAUCUACAUUUCAAUUUCCUAAACGCCCCCAAGAAAAGAAGAUCACUAUUUUGCAUCAUGUCUGAACGAAACAAUCUUACACAUACACAAUUUCUUUAUGUAUUUGUGUUAUAGUUCAAAGUACCACUUCCAAGGCAAGGUGAUCCAAACAGUCAUCAGAUUUUAAUAACUUCUUUUUGGCUUUUGCAGUGUCUGAUUUUUUUUUUUGCCCCACGUUUUGCAAUUGGAAAAUAAAAGGCAGGACAGUGAGCAAAGCUCUGACGAACUGAAAGAUGCUUUUUCUUCCUAUGCAUAAUGUUUUAGCAAUGAUCCAUACAGAUUGACCUCGUCAUCGGACCUCUGUGUUUUUGGUUGCAUCAAAUUAAAUUCCAUCUACAAUAAAGGCUUGAUUUGAAAAUAAAAACGAGUGCCACCA